AUGGUGAAAAAGCGGGCGUCUAAUGGACGAAACAAGAAAGGCCGAGGCCAUGUCAAGCCAAUUCGCUGUUCCAAUUGUUCGAGAUGUACACCCAAGGACAAGGCAAUCAAGCGAUUCACAAUUCGAAACAUGGUCGAGUCCGCCGCAAUUCGUGACAUCUCCGAUGCAUCGGUCUUUCAGGAUUAUGCGGUUCCCAAGAUGUACUUGAAGUUGCAGUACUGUGUUUCAUGCGCUAUUCACGGCAAAAUAGUCAGGGUACGAUCACGAGAAGGACGCCGUAAUCGAGCACCUCCACCACGAAUCAGGUACAAUAAGGACGGAAAGAAGGUGAACCCAACACAAGCAGCCAAGCGCCGUGACGCGGUGCUGGACUUCGAAAUCUCCGCCUCGGCCAAUUGGAUCUUCAUCGUUGGAAACCGUAUCCAUGCUGGUGCAGGAGAGGGCGAAGAAAGCUGGACUCGGAAAAGCCACCAGGAUUCUGGGAAGGAAGCUAAGGCAAUGAGCUUGGAGCGAUGGUCAUGCUGGGAGCAACGCAUAAAGAAGCUGGUUGAGCAGUUGAAGGCUACACGGGAUGCAGCAAAGGUUGAUCUUGGGUACGAGACACAUCGAGCCAUUUCCUACAAUUCCACCACACAAAUAUACAACUUCACCAACAUCCGCUACGCACAACCACCUCUAGGCGGACUUCGCUUCGCUGCUCCAGUGCCACCAGUUGGUCGCAAUCCUGUUGUUCAAAAUGGAAGUAUUGGAGCUGUUUGUCCUCAGGCUGCCCCAGCAUGGAGUCCAGUUGGUGCCGCCUUUACUGCCGCAUAUUUGACUGGACGACCGUUCAACUUCAGUGCAGUAGUGGCCGCGCUCCAGGCCAGCAAUACCUCCGCGCCCGCCCCUGAUCCUCGUACAAGCGAGGACUGCCUCUUUCUGGAUGUCAUUGUCCCCAAACCCGUUUUCGACGCUGGACAACGUUAUCACAACCGGGGAGGUAGAAGACAAGGAGCUGCAGUGCUGGUUUGGAUCUAUGGUGGUGGCUACGUAUUGGGCGAAAAAGGUGGAGAGUAUGACCCGACCGGCUUGAUCGAAGCCAGUAAAGUGGAUGGCUCAGAAGGAAUUAUCUUCGUAGCGAUGAAUUAUCGACUUGGUGCCUUUGGUUGGCUCUCGGGGCCAACUCUGCAGUCAAACGGUACCGCCAAUGCUGGUCUCUAUGAUCAGCGACUUGCCAUUGAGUGGAUUCGUCAGAACAUCCAUCUUUUUGGGGGCGAUCCUCAACGAAUUACUGUAAUGGGUGAAUCGGCUGGGGGAGGAUCUAUCAUGCACCAGAUCACUGCAUAUGGUGGAACCGUCCCCGCUCCGUUCCAACAAGCUAUUCCACAAUCCCCUGGCUUCCCUCCAGUACCAUCGAACUUCGCCCAAGAACAGAUUUUCCGGGAAUUCUUGGACAUCCUCGGUGUCGCAACCAUCGAAGAAGCCCGAGGUCUACCUUCAAGUACUUUGAUCGCCGCGAAUGCCGCCCAGAUUGGCUUACGAUCCAGGUAUGGGACAUACACAUACGGACCUGUUGUGGAUGGAUCAUUCGUUCCUGGCCUUCCUGGGGAGUUACUCUUGCAAGGGGCUUUCGACAAAAAUAUCAAGGUGAUGGCGGGCCACAAUUCGAAUGAGGGUGUCUCCUUCACAGACCCUCGCGUCACUGACGACACAGCUUUGGCAACAUUGAUCCGUGAUAACUUCCCUGGUAUACAAGAUUCGGUAGUGGACUAUAUUGUCAAUUCGCUCUACCCAGCCAGGUAUGACGGCUCUCAACCAUAUAGAAAUGGGCUUGACCGCACAAUUCUCAUCCUCUCGGAACUGAUCUUUACAUGCAACACGGUCUAUUUGGCAAAGGCUUAUGGCAAUAACACGUACAACUAUCAGUUCUCUGUACCGCCCGGUAUCCACGGUUUCGAUGUGCCGCACACCUUCUACGGUGGCUUCCCAUCAGGUCCGACCAUUAACACAACUGUUGCAUUGGCUCUGCAGGAAUACUUGACCAGCUUCGCGCAAAACGGCGUUCCCAGGGGAGAAGGAUUCCCAAACUUUCCGUUGUAUGGUUCUUCGUCAAAUGAGUUACAGCUAAACGUUUCCGGUAUCAGGACCAUGAUGGACUCAACCAACAACCCGAGGUGUGCGUACUGGCAGAAGGCGUUGUAUUAUUAG